AGAAAUUCCACUGUCGCUGCCACAUCAUGCAUGGAUAUCUCAACGGCUUUAGGGAGUCCCUUUUUCUCAACACGCUGGCCAGCCCUAGCAGACCACCAUGCGUCGUGGAAGCCAUGGAGAAACCAAGCAAGGCGUCGGCCAUCUCGCCCAGGCCUUAUCCUGCAUGACCCUGCACACAGCAAAGACUCCAAACUUUUUUGUGCAAAAAUCCACCGGUAUGGAGAUCUCCUUGCUGAAAGGAAAUCCUUCGCUCUUCGCCCACGUCAUAACCCCGCACCGCGAUGGACAUUGGUGUUACCGAUGAACUGUUCCUCGGUAAUGCGUUUCGGAUGCCACUGGGAAUUUAUAGCAGUCUGGUGACAAUGGAAUCACAUCUCCCUGCCCCCAAGGUAGCAUACACCGACCUCAAGGCUUCAACCUGAAACGUGAACAAUGACCGGCUUCACUCUCAAAGACCCCGGGACCCGAGAACUGACCGGCGGCGAUCUGCUUGCCCAAUCGCUCAAAAAUAUCGGCGUGGAAGUCGCGUUCGGGCUGCAUGGUGGCCAUCUCGAUGCUUUUCUCAUGGGCUGCGAGUUCUCGGGCAUCCGUCUUGUCGACACGCGCCAUGAAACGGUCGCCGUUCAAGCGGCGGAGGCCUAUGCGAAGCUCACCUCGAAGAUCGGAGUGUGCUUUGUGACGGCAAAUAGCGGGUUCUCGAAUGGCAUUCCCGGACUCGCGACGGCGCUGGCCGAUCGAGACCCGAUUCUCUGCAUCACAUCCUCUCCGCCCUUGAGAGACGCAGAGAAUAACUCGCUUCAGGGCAUUAUCGACCAGGUUGUGGUUUCGCGACCGCUAACGAAAUUUGCGCAUCGCAUGACAAACCCGGAGGAUACGCCGAGAAUUAUCUCGUUGGCCGUGAGGACAGCGUUGUCGGGCGCCCCGGGACCGGUGUUGGUGGAUUUUCCGAUCGAUGUGCUCUUCUCGCCGGUUCAUCGGCCUUUAAUUUCAUGGGGUUCAAUCUCCUCGCCGUUAGCUUACGGCCCUGGUGCACAUACCGGGGCUGUUCAAGCUGCAGCCGAUCUGCUGAGUUCGGCAAAACGGCCGGUGAUAAUUACGGGAACUGGAGUCUCGUCGGCAGCCGGAGCCGAGGUGGUGAAGUUUUCAACUCACAGCGGCAUCCCUAUCUUUCAUUCACCAAAAGGUAGAAUGCACGUUGCGUCGACCGGUCGUAGCCAUGAUGGUGGCUCAGCUGGCAAACUUGCCCUACUUGGUGACCAGAAACCGGACCUGGUGUUGCUCCUGGGCGCGAGAACCGGGAUGUUUCUGGGUCUGCGCAGCGGUGCCAUCAUCCCUCGGGAGAACUGCAAGUUGGUGCAGGUCGACGUGGACGGGGGCGAAAUCGGCCGAACUCUCCCAGUUGAUCUGGGUGUUGUGUCUGACGUAGGCCAAUUUGUCGCCGCCCUCCACUCCAAGUUCGAUCCUGCCCUGUCUCGUAAAUUCGACUCAGACUGGAUCCAGAAAGCCAUAUCUCUGAAAGAAACCCCGUUUCCCUUCGAAAAUGAGCCUGAGACGCAGCCUUCCGGACGUCUCCAUCCAUAUCACGCCCUCAAGCAUGUGUUCUCUUCCAUUGAACCAGAAAGCAUCGUUAUCAUGGACGGUGGCGAGGCCUCCGGAUGGGCCGGGGACGUAGCCCAUCUUUGCGCACCAAGCGUCAUCCUAACCUCAACCGGGAAUCUCGGGUUCUUGGGAAAUGGAUUCGGAUACGCAUUAGGUGCGGCUGUUGCAGCUCCCGAUCGCCAAGUAGUCAUGGUCCACGGCGAUGGCUCAGCCGGGUUCCAUUUCAUGGAACUUGACACGUUCAAGCGCAUGAACCUGAACAUCCUCACGGUAGUGGUCAAUAACUACUGCUGGGGCAUGAGCUCGAAUGGCCAGCAAUUAGUGUACGGCGACAACAACCCAGCUCGCCCUGUUAGCUCAUUGAGCCCCGUGGCGGAAUAUGACCUUGUUGCGAAGGCUUUGGGAAAUGCCAGCGCCAAGUUGGAUAAGAUUGAUGCGAUUGCAGAGACAGUGAAGAGACUACAGAAGGAGAUUGGGCCCAGCUGCGUGAAUCUGAUCGUCGAUGAUAAGCCUAUUCAUCCGAUGACAACGGCGAUGGUCGGACAGACGGAUGAUCCGGGGAUGGUGGUGGUGCCUUAUUAUGAUAAUAUUCCGAGGGCGUACUAUAAGCUUUGAGAUGUGUAUUUACUUUGACU